AUGUCUGGCCGUGCGCUCGACGGUGCGUUCGAGCUUGAUUUCGUCUGCCCGGUUGGCUUCGGGCUUGACUCGUCGUCUGAAUCCGAGCUCGAUUCUUCAUCUGAGCCCGCGCUCGGCUGGGUGUUAGGGCGCGAGGUUGAUGCCUCGUUUGGGCGCGAGUUGGACAGUACCUUCGGCCCUGAACUUAACUGCACUGCCGACUGCACGGUCGACUGUGAGUUCUUCCUUGUCUGCCAAUCUCCUUUAUGA